AGAAGACCGAGUUUACCCCAUCCCACUCCACAAUUCACUCUCAAUCAGCCGCCGCCGGAAACCGAGAAAGCGGCAACAAACUCCGCCCAUUUCGCCGAGUCUCUCUCCUCUUGGUCUUCUGCUCGACGAAAUGCGCCGGAGCACCACCCAGCGCCCGGGGCCGCGCCGCGGCGCCGGCGGGAAGCCCGGCUCCCGCGUCCAGGUCGCCGUGAAGCCCGACCGCCUCAGCGCCCUCCCGGACGCGCUCCUGCACCGCAUCAUGUCGUCCCUCAAGGCGUGGGAGGCGGUCCGCACCUGCGUGCUCGCGCGCCGGUGGCGCCACCUCUGGGCGUCCGCGCCCUGCGUCGACCUCCGCCUGCACCACUCCUCCGGCCGCGACGCCGACCCGCCGGAGGAGUUCCGCCACUUCGUGCACCGCCUCUUCCUCCUCCGCGACGCGUCGGCGCCCGUGGGCACGCUCCGCCUGCGGUCCGGCGACGAGGACGCGGGCUACGACGAGGACGACGCCAGCGCGUGGAUCAGGGCCGCCAUCAACCGCAACGCGCGGGUCAUCCAUCUCGCUGGGCAUCGCUUGGAGAUCGCGUCGUUGGACCGCGUGCAGUUCGUCUCCUGCCACCUCAAGGUGCUGAAGCUGUCGUAUGCCAGGCUCAACGACAGGAUCCUCAAGCAGCUCUCUUCUAGCUGCACGUCUUUGGAGGAGCUGGAUCUGAAGGAUUGCCUGGUGACAGGCCCUGGGAUUGUGUCUGCCUCUUUGAAGACUUUAAUCAUGCUCAAAUGCAAGAUCAACUGCGCCUUCUCCAUUGCUGCUCCGAACCUCCUACUUCUGCGCCUCACCACACCUUACGUCCGAGUCCCAUCGUUCAAGAACUUGGGGUCACUGGUCACAGGCACUAUCAUACUUGAUGACUCUUUCUUGGGUGAUGACUUUGAACACAUCAGUGAUGAAGAUGACUGUGAUGGAACUACUGAUGACGACGGGGAUGAGAGCGAUGAUAAUGAUUGGACAGAGAGCUCUAAGAUUCAUGAUGACUCUUCCUUGGGUGAUGAUUUUGGAUAUGAUCAUUUUAUAAGGUUUGGAUAUGGACAUACUUUUGCUGAAGAAAGUUACACGCACGGUCAUUACAAGGAUAAUUUUGAUUAUGGUAGUGAUAUCAAUAGCGAUGACAAUACCUGUGAAUACAGUGAGAUUGCAAAUGAUGCAAAGUAUGGCUACAAAGGGGCCAAGCUUUCCAGUGAAAAUGGUAACUAUGGUGGAAACAGAGAAUGCAAUGGCAGGAAGAUUUUAGGUGGACGUCAUAUUCUUGGGUCUCUUUCAAGUGCUAGAACUUUGGAGUUGUUGACUGAUGCUGGAGAGGUGGUUCUGAGUAGGGAACUGAAUAUGUGUCCAACUUUUGACAACCUGAAGACCCUGUCCCUUGGCGAAUGGUGUAUGGCUGCAGACUUUGAUGCAUUAAUUUUCUUGCUGCAGCACUCACCUAAUAUACAGAAGCUCUUUCUCCAACUUAAAAUUAACUUCAAUACCAGAAAGGCAUCAGAAACAGGUAUCAAACUACAGGGAAGAUCAUUUACUUGCAAAGACCUUCAAAUGGUGAAGAUUACAUGCUCAAAGGAUGAUGGGAGAGUCCAUAAGUUGGCAAAUUUGUUUAGGGAAAAUGGAAUACCCCUCAAGAAAAUUUAUGUCCGCCGCAGUGGGAGUGCUUAUCUCCGUAGCCAGAAGCAGAUGAAAGAAUUCGCCAGGCGUGAACUGGAGUUUUGGGGGAUGUAACAUCCAGCAGCCUCAUUUGCUUUCAGAUAAGAAAUCCUGUACCAUGGUCUCCACGAAGCUCUGAUCGUGCUCUCAAAGCUGCGCGGAAAUUCUCGAUGCCCUCUUUUUUUUUGUAACAUGCAUGGCUGAUGGUUAUGGCCAUCAAUCAUUGGAAUGUUCUUCCCCGUAUGAUGAUUUGAGACUUUAAAUUUUUUAAACCAGUAGUAGGUCUAGGCUCAACCGCUCAAGUUCAUUUUUGCUUUGUUCCUGUAACGGAUAUGAAUGCUCCUCGUUUGAGUGUUUUAGACUGGUACGUCUCAGGAGUUUGCCAUGCAACCAUGUCGUUUCUACGAUGACAAA